AUGGACGCUAGAACUACAAAAGCAACGACCUCCUUGCAGAAUGGCUUUUUGACAAUUGAUCAAAUUAUUACGCCUGCAUCUAGACAAAUAGCUCUCACCACAUUCUACAAAUUCCCAGAGCUGAAUGAGGAUUGCCGUCGGCUCAUUUGGCAAACAUCAGUCCUGGAUGAAAAAGUUGUCGAAGUCAAGGUGGGCUUUAUUUGGCCUAAACAUGACCACCGCACGGCUCAUUUAAAGGCCACCAACUUUUGGUCUUUUAAAACGGCUUUUGCCAACCAAGAAGCUCGAGAAAUUACCCUGUCAACUCUACGUACUAAAAAUUUGAUGGUAAAUAGCGAUUUAUUAUUUUAUAUGAACGUUCCAACUUGGCGGUUUCUCUGUGGUCUUGAGCGAGCCCAUCUAAAAGUCCCAGGCACGCUGUCCGAACCUCUCGACUUUUCCAAGGAGACAAUCUUUCCAAUACGCUUAUCGAGAAUUGCUUUCGAUUGCACGUUCAGCACAACAAACCUUGAACAUUUGAACAAGAUUAAAGAUCUUAGGAAACUCUUUAUUGUCGCAGAUCCCGCUUUUCAACGGGCAAGCACUCGUUCCACUUCGGUCUUCGUUAAAUCUACUCGUGGUAUUGGAUGCUGCGAUGCUGAAUUUAGUAGUCUGUCUUGGGACCAUGACAUUUACCAAGCGUACAAGAGAGCAUGUGAAAAAAGGAGAACACUUUUGGGAAGGCUCGGAGCGUAUGCUUCGAGCAAGUACAACCGAGAAGCUUUCAAUAUUCAGAUCGUGCGAUGGCAAGUACCAAAUGAUAUCAACUGGCUGACCAACAUUGGAAGAUCUGACUUUGAAGCUGCGGAGUUCAUGGUAGCUAGAGAUACCAAUAGGCAAGCUUCAUUGGGAGAUAUACAGCAAGGCAUGCUCAAGAGAAAUCGAAAAAGGAAGCGUUCGGAACCGCGUGAACCCUCGGAAUCAAUUUCAUCCCAAGGAACACGAGAUGUGGUGAGGGACAUAUCAAUCACGAUGAGGAAUCUCCGGCCGUCCGGGACCGUCUAA